AGAUAAAUAAAAUAAAAAAUCUAGGGUUACAUGCACACACUCCGUCUCUCUCUCUCUCUCUCUCUCUCUCUCUCUGUUUUCCAAAAUCUCUUCCGCUCUCAGGUUCUGAAUUGGUAAAGCGAUGGACUCACCGAGCAAUCACCACGCCGUCGACGGAGAUGCCAACGACGUGAGGCCCUUUUCCCACAGAGACGAAGAAGACGACAAGCCCCAACCUCUCACCGGCGACGGUGCCAGUCCCGGAAAGAUAUUUAUAGGUGGUUUAGCGAGAGAAACAACGAUUGCUCAAUUCAUCAAGCACUUUGGUAAAUACGGUGAGAUAACGGAUUCCGUUAUAAUGAAGGACCGGAAGACCGGGCAGCCUCGCGGUUUCGGUUUCAUAACUUAUGCAGAUCCCUCUGUGGUUGAUAAGGUUAUUGAGGACACUCACAUUAUCAAUGGCAAGCAGGUGGAGAUUAAACGGACCAUACCACGGGGCGCAGUUGGCUCUAACUCCAAGGACUUCAGAACGAAGAAGAUUUUUGUUGGUGGAAUUCCUUCCACUGUCUCUGAAGAUGAAUUUAGGGACUUCUUUACACGCUAUGGAGAAAUCAAAGAUCACCAAAUAAUGCGGGACCACUCUACUAAUCGUUCACGUGGGUUUGGGUUUAUCACCUAUGACUCUGAAGAAGCUGUGGAUGACCUCUUAGCUGCAGGGAACAAAAUUGAGUUUGCUGGAGCUCAGGUGGAAAUCAAGAAGGCAGAACCAAAGAAGCCUAACCCACCUCCUUCAUCAUCUAAGCGCUAUAAUGACUCACGAUCUUCAUAUGGUGGUGGAUAUGGAGAUACAUAUGAUGGAUUUGGUGGUAAUUUUGGCAUUGGGAGCUAUAGAUCAGGUGGUCCAUAUGGAGGUAGGGGAGGUGCUUAUGGUGGCUUUGGUGGUGAAUUUGGUGGGUAUGGAGGAUAUGCUGGUGCCAUGGGGCCUUACAGAGGUGAUCCUUCACUUGGAUAUGCUGGUCGCUAUGGUGGGAGCUUUGGCAGAGGCUAUGAUCUUGGUGGGUAUGGUGGACCUAGUGAGGGUUAUGGAGCAUAUGGUGGUGAUGGUUCCUCUGGUAGUGCCUAUGGAGGCAGCUAUGAUGCUAGCCUAGGAGGUGGGUAUGGGGGUCCUGGUGGAAGCUCCUUUUAUGGGGCUAGAGGAGGAUAUGGUGGUGCAGGAACUGGCCGAUAUCAUCCUUAUGGAAGAUAGAAGUUUGUCAGCAAAUAAUUAUAGUCUAGGACUAAUAUAUCUAGCAUCAACGCAAGUUUGUAGUUUAUUUGCUUAUUUAGUUCUUUAGGCUACAUAUUUUCCUUUUCUGAAAAAGCUGUCAAAGAUACUUUUGUGGUGAAGUCCCAUUAGUUAUUAGUAGCUCACUCUUUCUUGCCAGUAAUAGAAGACCAAACAAUUUUUUCGGUUGGCCCUAUGUUGAAGUCUGUUUAUCUGAUUGUAUGUAAGAGCUGCAAAUUGUGCAGGCCGAUGUAUUCCUAGUUUUGUUCAUGGUUAUGUUUGUUGCCACUGCUCAUUGUUAUUUCAUUUGAAUAUUCUUACAUUCUGACUUAUUUGGAUGGAAAAUGGUUCAUUCCUCUUUUUG